AUGAAUGACCGACUUCGAGAUCUGAAGACUUAUGGGAACCUCGACGAUGCACUAUGCAAGGAGAUCGACCAGGCAAACUCCACACCUUUCACUGCCGAAAUCGAGCAGGCUGCUCCCCCGAAGCGAUUCUCCAUGCCUUCGUUUACACACUUCAAAGGGGACUCCGAUCCCGAGAGCCACCUAAAACACUUCAAAAGUGUCAUGAUCCUCCACAAGUUCGACGACGCGUUGAUGUGCAAGAAAAAUCCUGACCACCUGUACAACCUGCGCAAGAAGUCUGACGAAUUCCUUCGAGAUUACAUCAAGAGAUUCAAAGCAGAAAAGGCCAACAUUGUAGGAUGCGACGACCGAAUCGCGUCAUCUGCUUUCAAGAAAGGCCUUCUAGCUGAACACGACUUGUACUGCGAGCUGACUAUCACUCCCAGCCAGACUCUGGCAGAGGUCCACACGACCGCGGAACACUACACGCUCUGGGAUGAUGAUCGAAUGGCCGCAAAAGAGUCUACUAAGCAGGAAGAUCAACCGACUAAGCAGGCAGGUCAAAGAAGCGAUGGAUUUAGCAACAAGAACAAGGAUAAGCGCAUGUCAUACCCACAAGGAGACGCUGCAGCAGGAGAGAACUACACCAAGUUCACCAUCCCCAUACAUCAAAUCUUAGCCCAAGUGAAAAACAAACCUUGGGUAAGAAGACCGCCACCCUUGAAAGGAGAUCCAGACAAGAGGGAUACUAGCAAAUACUGUGCCUUCCAUGGGACAUACGGGCACACUACCAACAACUGUCUCGCUUGGAAAGCACACCUUGAAGAACUCGUGAGAGAAGGUCACUAUACGGAGUUCAUCGCGAAGCAGGCCAUCUAA